GGGAUGGAAGCUGGAGAGUUGCAUGCGAUGUAUGGAGGUAGAAAGUAGUUGGGUCCUAUGGUCGUGUGUAGUAACGUGACGUUUCCAUGAGAACCUUCCAGGAUGGAUAUCCCUCUUGCCACAAGCCCGGACAGUUUUGCAGAUCCCAUGUCUUCUCCCGCCAGUGAUUCCAGUUGUUCUCGCGGAAGGCUCGAAUUGGAUAUGAACGCAGUUCAUGAUUUAGCGACCUCAGCGACAUCUGUUAGCAAUUAUUGUGGCGGUACUACGACAGUGACAUCUCUAAAUAAACAUCAUCAGAAUAUGGUCACCGAGUUUAUGUCUAAUAAUGUAAAUAAGAGAGCUUUGUCUUUCUCUCAAGAUCAGAUCGCUUGUAUCUGCGAGACUCAACAGCAGGCAGGGAAUUUGGAGCGUCUGUCCAGGUUCCUGGAAACGUUGUCACCCAAAGAAUUGCUGCGCGGCAACGAGGCCGUGCUUCGCGCCAGGGCAGCGGUCGCCUAUCACAGCGGUGCCUACCACGAGCUCUACGCUAUACUCGAGUCUCAUAACUACGAUAUUCGUUACCACGCGGAGCUGCAGCAGAUGUGGUUCAAGGCGCACUACAAGGAGCAGGAGAAGACGCGCGGGAGAGCACUGGGCGCUGUGGACAAAUACCGGCUGCGCAAGAAGUACCCCUUACCAAAGACAAUAUGGGAUGGCGAGGAAACGGUCUACUGCUUCAAAGAGAAAUCAAGGAACGCUCUGAAGGAAUGUUACCAUCGCAACCGAUAUCCCACACCCGACGAGAAAAGGAAUUUGGCGAAGAAAACGGGACUGACACUAACUCAAGUUAGCAACUGGUUCAAGAACAGGAGACAGAGGGACAGGACGCCACAGCCGAGGGGGGAGCUGGGUUUAAUGUGCCAAGGGAACGAAGGGUUGCUGUCCGCUUCACCAGGAGGGCCCGUUAUGGACCUCGCAAACCUGCCAGACCUGAAACCGCUGUGUUAUUCUGCAGCAUCAAAGCUAUUCGGUGACUCCAGUGGUAGUUCCAUGGGCGUGGUUAAGAAUGAACCGGGUGUGUCUGGGGCUGUCGGAAGUGGGGGUGGUGAGGAGGCCGGGGGCGGAGCAUCAACAGCAACACACCAUCAUCACAUGCUCCACCCCGCAACGUACCAUCACGGUUACCAUGGAUACGAUCCGGGGGCUCUUGCUUCGCUGCACCAUUCUGCAGUGUCGCACUCCUGAGCAGAAAACAAGAAGAAAGAAGUUGCAGUGCUCGGGGCAAACACAUACUCUUGUAGGCCUCUUAAAAUGAUCGGGAUUAUUGUUAAUACUAUUUUGUACGUAAUCGCAGUCAUUGUGUAUCGUUUCAAAGACACUGAGCUCAUCAAUCAGAUGUUUGUUUAGUAACCAACAGCAAGUAUUUCUCCCAGAUGUUCUUUGUGGUUCCAUUUUUUGGCGCUCCCACGAAGAAAAAGUUACAAAAUUAUUGUGUUAGCUAAGCCACGUUUUUAUGUCGUCUGCACAUAACAAGAACUGUUGAAAGAAUUUGAACUCUUUAAGGUCCAGUGGUCGCUAUAUGUACCACCCGCUUUACCAUACUAAAACUCUACAUUCUACCCACACAUUGUAUUUGUAUGUUUCAUAUGGUUAUGACAAUAAACAGCGACUGUUUCCCUAAACAGCA